UCCAGGCCCCUCCAGAGCAGCAGCGGCUGGUGCAGAAAUGGAGGCGCAGGCCUAUGGUGCCAAGCUCUUGGGGGAGUUGAAUGAGCAGCGGAAAAGGGACUUUUUCUGUGAUUGCAGCAUCAUCGUGGAAGGGCGCAUCUUCAAGGCCCACCGGAACAUUCUGUUCGCUAACAGUGGCUACUUCCGCGCCCUGCUCAUUCACUACAUUCAGGACAGUGGGCGGCACAGCACGGCCUCCCUGGACAUCGUCACCUCCGACGCCUUCUCCACCAUCUUAGAUUUCCUCUACUCGGGGAAGCUGGACUUGUGUGGUGAGAAUGUGAUUGAAGUUAUGUCAGCUGCCAGCUACCUGCAGAUGAAUGACGUGGUCAACUUCUGCAAGGCCUACAUCAGGUCAUCCCUUGACAUUUGCCGGAAGAUGGAGAAGGAAGCUGCUGUGGCCGCAGCUGUGGCCGCGGCCGCGGCUGCCGCUGCCGCCGCCGCCGCCGCUGCAGCUCGCCAGAUAGACAGCGGGAGUCCAAGUUCAGGAUUGGAGGGGACUUCCUGUUGUACCAAGAGCUUUGUCUCCUCCCCAGGAGAGGGAGAAGGGAGCGUGGAGUGUACAAGAGCAUCCCCUUGCGAGGACUGCCAUCCCUUGGAACUGGGGGUGCAAGGCAGCCAGGGCUCUGGCUCCUCUGACAGUGACCUUUCUGUUGUGCCCAGACGGGUUGAACCCAAGCUGGAAUUUGAUAUUGCCAGAGUGGAGGGGGAGGCUGGCGAACGUCUGCGGCAGUACGUGACGCCCCUGGCCCAUGCGGAGGAAGGCCUGUCCAGUAACCAGGCCUUGGACCUGACGUAUAGCAACUACCAUGUGAAGCAGUUUCUGGAGGCUCUCCUGCACAGCGGUGCUGUCCAGAGCAAAGAUGACUCGGAUCAUCACUUUUCUCAUAGUGUGGAGGGGAGACUGGAAGGGCCAGGAGUGGCCGUGAGUUCGGUGAUGGACGUUCAGAAUGACUGGUAUAGAGAGGACUCGGGUGACGUGCUGGUGGUCCCCAUCAAGCUGCACAAGUGUCCUUUCUGCCCUUACACUGCCAAGCAGAAGGGCAUCCUCAAGCGGCACAUCCGAUCGCACACAGGCGAGCGGCCUUACCCCUGCGAGACCUGUGGCAAGAGGUUCACCCGACAGGAGCACCUCCGGAGCCACGCCCUGAGCGUCCACAGAUCCAACCGUCCAAUCAUCUGCAAGGGCUGUCGAAGAACCUUCACCAGCCACCUGUCCCAGGGGCUGCGGCGCUUCGGGCUGUGUGACAGCUGUACGUGUGUUAGCGACGCGCACGAUGAGGAUGACGACUUGGUGCCCGUCAACCUCAGCCUGGUGGAGGCGGCAUCUGAAUGCCACGGGAAGAGCGACAUGGACGACUGGCCCAUCUAUGUGGAGUCUGGUGACGAGAAUGACCCGGCUGCGGAGGAGGCCCAUGACAAGCCACACAUUCGGUCCAACUUACCAGACCGAGAGACACUUACGUAGCCGUAAAUUGAUGGGAAAGAGGUUUUAGAGGUUGUAUUGCUUGUACUACGGUGAAAGCCAGCAUCUGUCUAAUUUUGUGGAACUUAGGGGCUGUUUCCCCUUCUUAAUGUUGCAAUGUUGUUAUACUUGUUUU